UAUUUUGGAAACUUUCAUACUAUUUUCUAUGUUCUUUGCUUUUGCUGGAAGCUAUUGCUUUAAACUUUCUUUCCUCUCGUGCUAGUAUUGGGGCUCUUCAUGUGUGUUUCCGUUGCCAUUAGCACUCAGACAACAACGGGGAAUGACUUAGGGAAGAUGCUGGCUUCAACCAAUGUGUUCUGAGAGCUAUGAUUGAUGAUCACGUAUGUGUUCUGGCUAAGCUGGAAGGCCAGAAAUGAGGUUGUGUUUCAGUUUAAUUUAAGUUGUUAUCUUUUGGGAAAACACAUAAAGAAGGGGAUGGGAGCCAAAGUCCGGUGCGGGACCUCUCUCAUCAUCCUCUCUCUAUUCCUCUACUUCGCUCCCGUGGUUGCAUCGCAAACACCAUGGAACAACGAACAGCAGCAGAUCCUCCUGCGGAUCAAGCGAGAGUGGGGAGGCGAACCCGCUCUGGACUCGUGGAACGUCGACACCACCAACACCUCCUCCUCCUUCUCCUACUGCGACUGGCCGGGCGUGGGCUGCGCCGACGAUGGCUCCGUCGUCAACAUCACGCUCUCCGGGCAGGACGCGCCAAUGAUCUCCCGGCCGAUCCCCGCCUCACUCUGCGGCCUCAAGAACCUCACCCGCCUCGAUCUCAGCUACAACAACAUCCCCGGCCCCUUCCCCACCUCCCUCUACAACUGCUCCAGCCUCCGGUACCUCGACCUCUCCCAGAACCGCUUCGUCGGCGCGAUUCCCACCGACGUCGACCGCCUCUCCCCGCUGAUCACGCACCUCGACCUCUCCUCCAACAACUUCUCCGGCGACAUCCCUCCCUCCAUCGGUCGGAUCACCGCGGUCCAGGAACUGGUGCUCAACAGCAAUCUUUUCGAUGGAAGCUUCCCCGCCGAGAUCGGCAACCUGUCUCGCCUCCAACAGCUUGUGCUGGCAUACAACUCCUUUGCUCCAAUGAGGAUUCCAUCGGAGUUCGGCAACUUGACUAAGCUGACCUUCCUGUGGAUGACCAGUGCCAAUCUCCAAGGCGAGAUACCGGCCUCGUUCGCGCAGCUCAAAGGGUUGACAAAGUUGGACUUGUCGCAAAACUCGCUCACCGGAGCGAUUUCCGCCGGAAUCUGGGGCCUACCGAAUCUGCAAUACUUGUACCUGUACAGAAACAACUUAUCCGGUUCCGUCGUCAUCGAUGGGCCGAUCGGAGCUCUGGGCCUGGUAGAGAUAGAUCUUUCGAUGAAUCAGCUCACUGGAUCGAUCCCAGACGACUUCGGCAAGCUCAAGAGCCUCUCUCUUCUCUACUUGUACUACAACAGUUUAUCCGGCGAGAUACCGGCGAGCAUCGGCAAGCUUCCGUCUUUGUCCGCCCUCCGACUAUUUAACAAUGGCUUAACCGGCGUCUUACCGCCAGAAUUGGGCAAGAACUCUCCUUUGUUAGACAUUGAGGUCAAUGACAACAUGAUCUCCGGCGAGUUACCGGACGGGCUAUGCGACCGUGGCGCCUUUAAUUCCAUCGUGGUUUCCAACAACAACCUCACGGGAAGGAUACCGCCGUCGCUCGGAAAGUGUUCUCCAUUGACAACUCUUUUCAUGAACGGCAACCAAUUCUCCGGCGAGGUACCUGAUGGGAUAUGGGCGGCCGUGAAUUUGACAAUUCUUGUCAUGAACGAUAAUGCCUUCUCCGGCACGCUUCCCCACAAACUCCCACCGAAGCUUUCGUGGUUAGAAAUCGUAGACAAUCGAUUCACCGGCAAAAUUCCCUCCUCCGCUCCCAGCUUGGUGGUGUUCUUGGCCAGCAACAACAUGUUCUCCGGCGAGCUCCCCUCCAACCUAGCUGGACUUUCAACACUCCAACUCUUCUAUCUGGGAAACAAUAUGAUCUCCGGAAGAAUUCCGGAGGAUAUCUCAUUGCUGAAGUCACUCGCCGAGCUUAAUCUACGCCAUAACCAGCUAACAGGAGAGAUUCCGACGUCGAUCGGGUCGCUGAAGCAACUGAUAUCGAUGGAUCUAUCGGGCAACGAGCUCUCCGGCUCAAUACCAUCAGAGAUGGGUAAUCUGAAGCUCAGUUAUGUCAACCUCUCGUCCAACCACCUCUCCGGCGAGAUUCCGGUGGCGCUACAGGCCGAGGCAUACGACCAAAGCUUCCUCUCCAACCCAGGACUUUGCGCCUCCAAUUCUCUUCUCAGCGUCCCCACCUGCGCAACCAGGGAUCACAACUUACUCUCUCGCCUUGGCCUUCGCAUCCUCUUGCUCGCUCUGGGCGCGCUUGUGUUCUUGACCGCGGCAACGCUGUUCUCCAUCUGCGUGAUCGGGAAGUACAGGAAGAGGAGGCAUCUCACCGCAUGGACGCUGACCCCUUUCCACUCGUUGGAUUUCACGAAAUCUGACAUCGUAAAUGGAAUCAAGGAGGAGAAUCUCAUCGGCGUGGGCGGCGCUGGUAAGGUCUACAGGGUCACUCUGGGAAACCGGGCCAGCGAGAUCGUGGCCGCCAAGAAGAUUUGGAACGGCGGGAAUCUGGACGGCAGGCUAGAGAAGCAAUUCCAGGCAGAGCUGCAGAUAUUGGGAUCCAUCAGGCACAAGAACAUCAUCAAGCUGCUCUGCUGCUGCUCCAGCCUCGACUCCAACCUGCUGGUGUACGAGUACAUGGAGAACGGGAGCUUGCACAAGUGGCUGCACAAGAAACACAUGGCGGCCGGCGGAUCACCGCAAGAGACACCACUGGAUUGGCCAAGGAGGCUGGAGAUCGCCAUCGGGUCGGCCCGAGGGUUGUGCUACAUGCACCACGAUUGCUCACCGCCCAUCAUACAUCGAGACGUGAAGUCGAGCAACAUCUUGUUGGACUCGGAAUUCAACGUUAAGAUCGCCGACUUCGGGUUGGCGCGGAUGGUGGCUAAGCCCGGUGAGCCCGACACGGCAUCCGUCAUCGCCGGAUCGCAUGGCUACAUUGCUCCAGAGUGCGGGUACAGCAGAAGAUUGAACGAGAAAGUGGACGUGUACAGCUUCGGGGUGGUUCUUCUGGAGCUGACAACGGGAAGGGAGGCACACGACGGCGGUGACGAUCAGUGUAACCUGGCAGAAUGGUCCCGUCGACACCUUCAACAAGGUGGAGAACCAGGCGAUGCCGUCGACCCGGAGCUACGAGGCUCAUCGCACGUAGAUGACAUGGCGACGGUGUUCGAGUUGGGCAUCCUCUGCACAGAGACUUCGCCUUCGCAAAGGCCUUCGAUGAAGGAAGUGUUUCGAUUCCUGAUGCGAUGCAAGAGGGCCUGAAACGAAGCCCUGUGGAGUGGCUCAACUUCCCAAAGCGAAGGAAGGUGGCUUUCCAAACAUUUGAGCAGUGACUGAUGUCCACUGCAGCUGCAUGAUUGAUUGACAACCAAAUGACAUAGAACAUGAUUUUUCUAAUCAUCGUCGCAAGAAG